GCCGAGACUGCCAGCGUCCUCCGCGGCGCCCCGUGGCCUGCGACGUCGGUGAAAGAGAAUUACGGAGUAGGGAUCUGUCGUGGCCCCUCGGGUGGUCCAGGCGGCAGGGCCCCCAUGGGGCACUUCAGCCAGACACCUGGUCCGGUCGGAGAACACGGCGGUGGGGCUGAGGGGUGCUCCCAUGGGAGCACUUUUCCUGCGGCGGGGUGAUCGCGGCACCUGGGAGCCCGGACAAAAAGCUGGAGUCGAGCCCUCCGGCCAAGUCCCGUCGGGUCCUUGCCUGGCCCAGGCCGGCUGGCAGGGACGCAGUGCCGCUCUGGACUUUCGUGGGAUGCAUUGAGUGCGGAAGUGCGAAGUCGCCGAAUAGCGUUGUGGAGAUGGUACAGUCCCCUCUUAUGCUGCCAGUACUGCCAGAUAGGGUUUGAGAGGGCGUGAUCCCAGUGACUGCCGCGCUGACUGUUCAAUGUUUCAAACCCAUCCAAGGAAGUAACACUCUCCCCUUUGGAGAGACUGUAAAAUGCAUGUUAUGAAUUGUCUCUCCUUGGUCAAUGAUAAAGAAAAUGGGGCUAUUCCAGUUGCAACGGGAUUAAUGACUGAGGACACGACGACCGCACCUCAACUUUCUCAGCCUGCAGCCUCACUGCCCCCUGCACCAUGUCCUCUCACAGGGGCUCCCCCAGCUCCUCCACUUCCCCCGGGAAUGCUGCCCCCACCACCACCACCUCCUCCACUGCCUGGCCCAAACAUACCUCUGCCUCCACAGUUGAUAAAUGGUCACGACGGCCACGGCAAAAAAAAACGAAUGCGGAGCUUUUUCUGGAAAACUAUCCCUGAGGAGCAAGUCCGUGGUAAAAACAAUAUCUGGACAAUUGCUGCAAGACCACAGUAUCAAAUUGAUACAAAGACAAUUGAGGAACUUUUUGGGCAGCAGGAAGAAGCCAAACCCCAGGACUCUCGAAACCGAACUUUAAAGUCUUCAUUUAAAGAGACUAAAGAGGAGGUUUCCAUUUUAGAUGCAAAACGAAGUAUGAACAUUGGGAUAUUUCUCAAACAAUUCAAAAAGUCUGCCGAAUCCAUCAUUGAAGAUAUUUAUCAUGGAAGAAGUCAGCCCUAUGGUUCUGAACUGCUACACGAAUUUCUUAAAUUAUUACCAGAAGCAGAGGAGGUAAAGAAAUUAAAAGCUUUUGCUGGAGAUGUAUCAAAACUGUCUCAAGCUGAUUCCUUCAUGUAUUUACUGAUCCAGGUGCCAAACUAUGCUCUUAGGAUUGAAGCCAUGGUGUUGGAGAGGGAGUUCUCACCCUCCUGUGCUUCUCUACAGGAUGACAUGAAAAUUAUAAGACUGGCAACGAAAGAGUUAAUGACUUGUGAGGAGCUGCAUUCCAUAUUGCACUUGGUCCUUCAGGCUGGGAAUAUUAUGAAUGCGGGAGGUUAUGCUGGCAAUGCUGUUGGAUUUAAACUUUCGUCACUGCUCAAGCUGGCAGACACAAAAGCAAACAAACCCGGGAUGAGUCUGCUGCAUUUUGUUGCUCUGGAAGCCCAAAAGAAAGAUGGUGCUCUUCUCAAUUUUUCAGAAAAAAUUAGGAGUGUUCAUGAUGCCGCCAGGUUAUCCAUUGAUAGUAUAGAAGCAGAGCUCCACUCACUGUCUGUGAAGACAAGAUCUGUUAAAGACAGUAUCAGACGAGACCCAAAACUCUUUCACCAGAUGGAAAACUUUCUCCAGUUUGCUAUAAGGUAUCUAAAGGAACUUGAGCACCAGAAAGGAGAAUUGCAAAAGGAGGGAAAUGCUCUCAUUGACUUUUUCUGUGAAGACAAAGAAACUAUGAAGUUGGAUGAAUGUUUCCAGAUAUUUAGGGACUUCUGCAUAAGAUUCAACACGGCUGUUAAGGAGAAUAGGGAGCGAGAGAUCCAGGAACUUCAUAGUCUGCAAAGGCGAAAGGAGCUGGAGGAGAAGCGUCGAUCCUGGGCAGCUGGAGAGCUUGGGAGCUUUGGGCGGAGCAGCAGUGAAAAUGAUGUAGAGAUGUUGGCUAAAAACAGACUUGGACAAUUUCUUCCCUUCUUGCAGCAGAGGCCUCAAAGCCCUUUGUACAGAAACACAAAUUCCAGACGCUCUCGACUUUCUUUGGGGAUGACUGCAGACAGGGAGUUGCAGAGUUUCCUGGAAAUCUCAAAAGAUGAGGAUCCAAACAAGUUUAACAGCCUUCCACGUGCAAACACCCGACAAGCAAGACCAAAUGUAGCCUGGACAGAAUCCAAAGAAACAAGGGAUCUCAACUUAAAUACCUUGCACUUACAACAACAGUCUGAAAUGGAAGUGAAAAGUGGUGGCCCUGUGCAGGUGCCUCCAGCUCAGCCUAGUCAUCUCAGCAGCUUAGCCAGUCCUGGUGCCCAUUACUCACAGAGGGGCACUGAUUACAGCUUGCACACUUCCAACCUGUCCUGUGAGGAGUCCACAGAUAUAAAUGCUCUGGCCCUUGCAAUUGAGGAGCAUGAACUUGUUAAAGGGUUACGUAAAUUUGAUAUUCAAGGAGCAAAACCUGCAGAAGAUGCACCUUUAAUGUAUUUAGAGGAUGCUGGCGGGACAGACCUGGAGACUUUAGAUGAUCUAAGCUUUAAUUCCCUGAGCACUGCCCAUGAUGAGCUGCCUCCAGUUUGCAGCAGCUCCAGAGAGGCCCACAACCAUCAAGCCAAGGCAGUGAGUUGCAAGAAUGAAGUUUUAGAGCCCAGCAGCAGCAGCCCUAUGUCUAUGGAUACAAGUGUUUCAGGAAGUAGAGAAGAUGGGCCAGUAUGCUACAUGUCAGAUACCACGACUGAUUGUUCUUUGACAUUAGACUCUGAAGAGGGAAAUUAUUUUAAAUCAGCAGGCAAUGAAAUAAAUGAAGGUGGCAAAGCACGCUCUUCUGGCAAUGAUGUUCAACACAAGGCUAGAUCUUUCUUCUCAAACCUGAACUCCACCUCUGACAAGAACCUGUCUCUUCACAUUUCUGCCAGUGAUAAGGAUGAUGCUGAUAACAAGCACACCCUUCCUAAAGAAAAACCCAUAAAAAAUAAAGAUCUAGUAGGACCGAAGACAAACUCUCUAAAAGAUCGCUCUCCAAGCUUCACAAAAUCCAGUGGCACUCGCCCAGGCCACACAGCUCCUUCCAGACCUGUCAGAACUUUGAAUGCCUCUGAGAAUGAAAGUAUGAGGAAAGUGGUGCCUAUUUCUCGGUCAAACAGGGCACCCAGCAGCAUGAAAAAGCCAGAAGCCAAGCCAGCCCUUCGUGAAAGCAGUACGGUGGAAAGUCGGCUGUCUCAUCGUAGCUCUGUCCGAGGCACAACAGACACACUGCCAAGAAGUCCCUAUAGGCACAGCAUGUCAGUAGAAGAGCCGAAGUUACGAAGGGGCACUGUCACCUCAAGCAGUGCUCAUUUUGAUAGGGACAGAGUUGCGCUCAAGAAGCCAAGCUCUAAACCUAUUAGGAGUAAUGUCAAAUCAAAGACAGAUGAAACAAAGAUGUGUCGCUCCAGUGUAAAACCCCAGACCCCUGCAGAUGACACCAAGGUUGCCACAAUCAGUAAUCCCAAAGCACCAGCGGCUGUCCCUAACUUUGCAAGGAAUACAGUGGCCUCUUCUUCAAAGCGUGCAAAAGUGGAUCUAUCCAGCUCAUGUAGACCUCCACCCAUCACAAGGUCUGUGUCCCAGAGGCUGCCUAAAGUGAAGCCAGCAGCAACCUCUGAUGAUCCAAAUCCGAAGGAAAACAGUGUGAGUACCUUAAAGAGAGCAAGCAGUGCCAGAGUGGUUGGAAGAAGCAUCCUGCAGGGAGAAGCUGUCUGCACGAAAGCAGAGCCUGCACCAAAGGAACAGGGAACAGUGGAAAAGGCAUCUCUUAAACUGAAGGAUGCAAACCAAACCACAAUUGGUAAAAUACUGAAGCCAUUAUUGAAAUAAGGGAGAGGGUUUUUUUUUAACCUUGGAAUGUGAACACUUGUCCAAGCACUGCAUGUCUGUGUAGUAAAAUUCCUUAAAACAGAAACCUUGCCAAUACAUGGCAUCAUGUGCUUAUUGAAGUAUGGCACACUGUUGGGAAAGGGCAAGUAACUAUGUUCUGGUCUAAAUCCUUUUUUAUGAAUUUGAAUGUAUUUAAAGCUACUGUGAUGAAAUGUGAGGAGAACAGAAAAUCUUUGCAUUUGUGCUAAAAAAAAUUACCGGAAACCAAAACGUUUUAAGAAGUUUUAACUAUGAGAUGAAACAAUUUGUGACAGAAAACAUGGAUUAAGGCCAGUUUUUUUUUGUGUACGUAAGAUUCUUCCUAGGACUCAAGCCUUUGUGCUUGUUUCUUAUUUGAUGUCAAAAUGAAUCCUAUGAAACAGUACUGAAAUGAACUCUAGGUGAUUGUACUUUUCAUAGCUUUCAAUUGCUUGGAUUCGGGAGCUCUUUUUUGCCUGUUGCAAAGUCCAUUGCUGGCAAUUGGACAGACUGGGAACUGCUGGCCAAAAAAUUAUAAAAUUGUGUGCUGUUUGUGGCUGUCCUUAACCUCCCUGAAGAAUUUAUAGCAUGUGUUAUGAAUGUGUAUGUGUCUGGGGAAAGCUUUCUGCUGGGCAGGAGGCUUGUUCUCCAAGAAUGUGGCAGCAUUUUCUUGCAUGCACAAGUGGGUAUGGCUGUUGCUGCAUUGAAUA